CGGGGGGCGGCUCCGCGGGGCGGGCCCUCCGCGCGAGCGGGCGGAGGGCACAGUCGUCCACGCGAGCGCCAUGGCCGCCUUACGUGCCCUGCUGGCCUGCGUCCGCGCCCCGCUGCGGCCCUGGCUCUUCUGCCCGGUGCAGCGCUCCUUCGCCUCGAGGGCAGCCUUUGAGUACAUCAUCACAGCAAAGAAGGGAAAGAGCAGCAACGUGGGGUUGAUCCAGCUGAACCGCCCCAAGGCCCUCAACGCGCUCUGCAAUGGCCUGAUCGCGGAGCUCAACCAGGCACUGCAGGCCUUCGAGGAAGACCCGGCCGUGGGGGCCGUUGUCCUCACAGGCGGGGAGAAGGCAUUUGCAGCCGGAGCCGACAUCAAGGAAAUGCAGAGCCACACGUUCCAGGACUGUUACUCUGGCGGCUUUUUGAGCCACUGGGACCAGCUCACACGUGUCAAGAAGCCAAUCAUAGCUGCUGUCAAUGGCUAUGCCCUCGGGGGCGGUUGUGAACUUGCUAUGAUGUGUGACAUCAUUUAUGCUGGGGAGAAAGCCCAGUUUGGGCAGCCGGAGAUUCUAAUAGGAACCAUCCCAGGUGCAGGGGGCACCCAGAGACUGACCCGUGCCGUCGGAAAGUCACUGGCCAUGGAGAUGGUCCUCACUGGUGACCGGAUCUCAGCCCAGGAUGCCAAGCAAGCAGGUCUUGUAAGCAAAGUUUUUCCUGUUGAGACAGUGGUUGAAGAAGCCAUCCAAUGUGCAGAAAAAAUUGCCAGCAACUCUAAGAUUGUGACAGCGAUGGCCAAAGAGUCGGUGAACGCAGCUUUUGAAAUGACAUUAGCAGAGGGCGUUAAAUUGGAGAAGAAGCUCUUCUACUCAACUUUUGCCACCGAAGACCAGAAGGAAGGGAUGGCCGCAUUUGUGGAGAAGAGAAAGGCCAACUUCAAAGACCAGUGACAGCCGGCGGCCUCUGCCUCGGCCCCGCAUCCGAGAGGACGAGCAGCUUCAGAAGCUGAUCAAUGCUUCUGUCUUGUGCGCAGUGUCGGUGACACGUGGCUUCCCUCCAGCUCUGCGGGGUGGUGUGGGCUCACAGCCUGCGGGGGGCAGGUGGCCUUCACCCAGUGGUCACAGGACCCCGGCUCGGCCACUGUGUCGUUUGCAGCGGUGGACAUGGCCACUCAGAGUGAAGGCCUUGUUGCUGGGUCUCUAGAGAGACAUGCUCUUGACUGACAGACCUCAGGUCACAUUAGGCCUUUUGUUGGUCGUUUCUAUUCUUCAGUGUUCCAUCACUUUUUAAACACUUUCGUCUGUCAUUCUAAGCAACAGCAUUCAAACAGAACAGGGUUCGCGAAGGCCGCAUCCUCGUCUGAGGGGGACUGCCUGGCUCUUAGGAUUUUCUGUGCCCAUGCGCUCAUGUGUGAAACUCGGUUUUCUUUGUAUGAAAAUGAACAUUUCUGCUGCUUUCGCACAAACGCACCCUGUUCUUUCAUGACUGUGAUUCUUUUUCGUUCUAAAAUAGAUAACAGAAAGCUUGCUGUUUAUCCGUUUUUAAAUGUACGCCUGGCAGCGGUGCGCUCAGCGUUCUCAUCUGCCUCCGUGCAGCUUCAUCGCCCCAAACAGAAACUACGCCACAACACUGACUCCCUGCCUGGCCCCCCGCCUGCCCCCCGGGUCCUGGGGACCUUUACUGCACUUUCUUUCUGUUGCAAAUUGAAUAUAAUAUUUCCAAAGUCCACCCAGGUUGUAACAGUAACAGUCCAUUUCUUUCCAUGGCUGAACAUGAUUCCUACUCGC